AUGGACUUAGCGUCCUUCUUAUCAGAUGAUACAUUCGGAGGAAGCUCAUGGGCUGAUGAUGAUGUUGAUUUCAGUUCUAUUUCAAUUCCAGUUCAAUCUCAUAAAACCGAUUCAGGAAUCCCUGGUCCAAACUUUAAUGAUCCAGCAUUUGGUGGAUCUGAAAGAAGAGAUCAUGUUGAAUAUCCAGUUCCUGAUGCUCCACCAUAUCGUGCAAGAAUAAACAACUUACCAUGGGAUGCUAAUGAAGAAAUCGUUACCGAAUGGCUAGAAGGUGUUGUCGGUCAAGGUGCUACUUCUAAAUUAGUUGUUCCAAGAGAUUUCAAUGAUAGUUCAAGAGUGAAAGGUUUUGCCUUCGUUAAUUUCGAAGAAAGAGAUCAAUUAGUUAAAGCUUUGGAAUUAUCAGGUACAGAAAUGCUUGGUCGUCGUGUUUAUGUCAACGUUGCUGCUCCAGAAAAAGAAGGAUUCGGUAGAUCAAGAGGUGGAUUCGGUGGUGAUGCUGACUUAGAUUGGGGUGCAGCUAGAUCUGGUCCAUUACCACCAAGGGAUGAUGACUUCAGAGGUGAAAGAAGACCAAGAAGAGAAGACCCAGAUUUAGACUGGGGUUCAGCUAGAGGCUCAGCUGCUCCAAGAUCAGAUAGACCAGAAAGAAGACCAAGAAGAGAAGAACCAAACUUGGAUUGGGGUGCAGCUAGAACAGGCCCAAGAGGCGAACCAAAAGGUUUUGAAGGCAAUGAGCCAAGAGGUGAACCAAGAGAAAGAAAACCACGUCGUGAAGAACCAGCUUUAGAUUGGGGGUCAGCAAGAGGUGCAGCAGCUCCUGCUCCAAGACCAGAAAGAAGACCAAAGAAAGAAGAACCAGAAUUAGACUGGGGAGCUGCUAGAUCAACUAGUGGAAACACCAAUUCUUCAAGAUCAUCAAGAAAUAACAGUAAUAGUCAAAGCCAGAGUAACAAAUAUAAUAAGAAAACUGCUGCUGAUGAGGUUGAUGUUUGGACUCGUGGUGGUCAACCAACCGGUGGUAGAAGACAACAACAACAAACUGCUGCUGCUAAAGAGGAAGAAGCUUCUAGUAAACCAGCUGUUGUUAAAUCUGCAUUUUCUGUUUUAGCCAAUGAAGAUGAUGAAGAUGAAGAAGAAGCUACAGAAAAAAAAGAAGAUGAACCAAAGAAAGAAGCUGCUGUCACAGAUUUGGAAAACGCGACCUCAAAAUUGAAUAUUAGUGGCGGUGAAGAAGGUGAGUGGGAAGUUGUUGGUAAGAAUUAA